AUGUGCUUCUGGCCCCAAAACACUGAGAGCUUCUCGCAGGAUGGUCCUGAUGAAGAGGACAACUCACUUCUUAUGUCUUCAGCUGAUCAAGAUGACACUGUGGUUCCUCCAUCUCUCCAGUCAUCCCCUCAUGUCAACCAAUCCAAGGACUUCAUUCGCUGCCUGCCACUUCACCUGUCCAUGGGCAUCCUGGGGCUUUUGGAUCAAAAAUCCCUCAACACAUGCGCUGCCGUGAGUAGAUGCUGGGCUUUUCUGGCCGAAGAAGUCAAGAGGGAACGUGUGUGUCAAAGCAUAGUACGGGAGAAGAUCCUGUAUUUGCAGGGGUUGUCCCCAAGAGGAGCAGUUUCAAACUAUGCUAAAACAGUCAGUGUGACAAUUCCACAGUUAAAUGAAGAGGGUGAUGUCAUCGAAGUGAAACGCCACACUUGGGAAAGCAAACUGAAGGAGGAGGAAGACCAUCUGCAGGCGGUCUAUCACGAUCUGCAAACUGACACGGUUCAGUUGGAAGAGAGAAAUGUCUUUUGCGGCUCCUACAAUAUCCGUGUCCUCACAGACCAACCAGACCGGAGCAGAAUAAUCCAUUACAGCGGUGGAAACUUGGUAGCCGUUGGCUCUGCAGACCGAAAAGUGAGGCUUCUUGCUAUGUCGGCAAUGAAAGAAGUGCCUCCUCUUCUUUCCGGCCACGCUGGGAGCAUCAAAGCGCUCUUCCUCAAUGAGAAGAAAGGGUUUGUUCUCAGCGCGAGCUUUGAUCUCAGCAUCAGAUGCUGGAAUAUAUACAGCGGUGCUUGUACGAAAGUCUUUAAUGGGCACUGUGGGACGAUCACCUGCCUGGAUUUACACGAAGAGCAGUUUGUGUCAGGAGCCAGAGACGGGAUGGUGAAAGUGUGGAGCCUGGAGAGUGGGAAGUGUCUCAAGACCCUGAAGCACAGCAGUGCUGUUUGGGCAGUGAAGACGGACGGCACCCGCGUUGUCAGCGGGUGCGACCGAGGGCUGGUGAAAGUCUGGUGCGUUGACACAGGCGCUCUGAUCAAAACGUUAGAGGGGCACCAAGGCCCCGUGAAGUGCUUGUCCUUUGAUCAGUGGCACCUCGUCACGGGAAGCACCGAUGGAUACGCCCUGGGAUGGAGCAUGUUGGGAAACCUGAAGAGAUGCCUAACGGCUUUCUGCCACCCGAAGGAAGUUCUGUCUCUGGAGUUCUUCUAUCUCCGAGUCAUCAGCGGCUGUGCCGACGGAAAGAUACGUAUAUUUAAUUACCUGACUGGAACCUGCCUGAAAGUGUUGAUGGCCAAUAGCAGAGGGGACCCCGUAUCUUCUUUCUGUGUUGCAGAAAACAGGAUGGUGGUCAACUCGCCAACUAGUCUGUUGGUGUUCCAGUUUGAGGAUGUCAGGUGGGACUACACCUUAGGCACCGAGCGAGAGACGGUGGGGAAGAAAAACCAGUCUGAGGGGGCUUCAAGCACAAUGCCGCUGCGCCUUCAGCGCCUGAAACGCCACGACCUCAGCCUGAUGCACCCCCUUGCUCUGGAGACGCAAGAUGCCAACCAGCUCCUGCCGUCUUGCUGGAUCCGCUGCUGGUCACCGAAAGGUUGGGGAGUAUCUCAAGCUCUCUGCUAUGAGCUGAUGAAAGCAGCAGCUCGCCAGCAGCGGCAGCGUUUUCUCAAGAUGGAAAAGACUUUUCGUCUCCAGGCAGAGCAGCCGAAAAAGCCUUCCACCCCUGGCACCACGCCAGCCCGUGCCUCUGCCUUGGGAAAGGCAGCGAGAGCACAUUCUGCAGGAAUCCCAGCAGACAGCGAUGGCAAAUCUGAACGUGGCCCUUCUCUCUACGCAUCUGCACAUCCUGACAGGACAGAAGCCGCUUUGCAGCAUGAAAAGAGACGAGACCUGUGUUGUCCCAUGUCCCCUGACAAGUUCUUCUUAAUGGUCAGCACGCUGCAGAACGCCCACAAGGCAGCCGCCGCCAGCUCCAGUAUUAAACACACCGCAAAACUCAAGCUGAAAAGCUCUUUGCAUGGACCCACUGUGAUGUCCUCCAUCCCUGCUCCUUCCAUCGUACGUCCCAAGACUUGUGGUUUGCUGCGAGAAAAGAAAGCUCCCAGGGGACGACAGCACCCUUCCCCAAGCAACAGUGGGUUCAGGCUCCUGACAGGAAAACAGAAGGAGGCGUAUGAGACGGCUGCCAUAGCUCAGUAUGGGGCACACCAGACAAAGCUCACAGAGGAUCAGCAGAGAGCAUGCAAGAAGGCCUGGCUAAGGAAAAUUAAAGGCCUCUCUGUAGACUCCUUUACUGGGGAGGGGAAAAUAGCUGCUCCUGAACUUGGGCUGAACACAUUCAUUUGA